CCCCGCUGUGUGCGCAGACUGCAGCCCCGCAGAGAACCAACAUCCAGAAGAAAAAAGGACAGGAUUCACUUUCAGCCCGGUUCCCCUUUGUCUCGACAAAGUUACGUAAUUGAAAGUGAUAUCGAAGAAGUCGGCAACAGUGGAACAAAGUCUGCUUGAGCAAACCAGGAGGAAAAGUCGAGGAUUUCUGCAGUUUCAGAAGGAAAAUUCCUACAGAAACUAAACAUGUCGAAACCUAAUUACUCUGGAACCUAUCAUAUGGUGGAACAGGAGAAUAUGGACGCCUACCUCACUGCUUUAGAUAUUAAUUUUGCUGUGAGGAAAAUCGUGCUACUGCUGAAGCCCACCAAAGACAUCAGCCACGAUUUUGCCACAGGGGUCAUGAAGAUCCGCACGCUCACCACAUUCAGGAACUUCAUAAUGGACUUCAUUAUUGGAGAAGAAUUUACUGAAGACCUGGGCCCUGUGGACGGUCGUACCUGUCAGACUACAGUCAGCUGGGAUGGGGACAAGCUGGUUUGUGUACAGCGAGGUGAGAAAGAAGGCCGAGGCUGGACACACUGGCUGGACGGAGACAUGCUACACUUGGAGAUGAGAGUUCAAGGAAUCGUUGCUAGGCAAGUCUUCAAGAAGGCUUAAAAAUGAAGGAGAAGAGAGAAAUAACCUCAAAACAUUAUAUCCUGAGAAAAACCUCUAAUGUGACACUCUGAUGUGACCUUUAUGGACAUGAUUUUCUGAUAUGUUUAGUAUAACAUGGUUAAAGAACUUUACUAAUCCACGUUUUGUGAAAGAAACCUUACAGCUGCAUAAUUAUCAUAUUUGCAAAUGUAAAAGGGCCCCAUCUUUUGCGUUGAAACUGUCAUCGCAGGUUUCUAUGAUGUCUAGUGUCCACAUUGUUUCAAGCAAUGUUGCGUAGGAUUUAGGAGGAUUUAUUAGCAAAAAUAGAAUAUACCAUUAAUUAUAGUAUAACAUGAUUUUAGAGGGUGCUAUGCUUGAUUAAGCCUCGGGGUACUAAUGAAGUGGAGGGCUGCUAACCAUAGAUGGAGGGUCAAUAAUCAACCAUAGGUCCUGGAACAAAAUCAUGUUAUUAUCAUUAUUAUCACUAACACUACACAAGCACAUACAAACCAUAUCUACUAUCACUCAUCAAGCAAAGAACAUCCAGCAGUGCUUUAUGACAACUGUCAACCUGAGUGAAAGCAGCAUGACAUGGAAAAAUAAUCCAAGAUGGCAGAAAAUGCUUCCAGGCAGCUGUAGUUUCCUAUAAAUCCAAGAUGUUUAACAUUUUUCUCUCGUAUUUUGUAAAGGUUAGUGAGAAAUAACACUUAAAUCUAAAAAAUCUGUUUUUGUAACCAGAUAAUACAUCUGAGGUGUUUUACAGGCCAUCUUACUGAGACAUUGGCAUGUUAGCCUGAGCUGUGCUUCUACGACUCCAUAAUUCCGUGGCCACGCAAUGACGCCGACAUGGGCGUGGCAUUAUCGAGCUUGUCCGUCGUGUUGGUGGGUGUUGCAGUGCAAUUUACUGCCGGAAUAGUAGGGGGCUCGACAUGAAGAACAAGGCAGGGACUUUAUUUCUGCCUGCACCGCCACUGCUGCUGGUCGUUUUUUUACUUUUUCUGGACAGAUUUGUCCCUCAGCCAUGUCCAGUUCUUUAUGCGCUCAUCAACCUACAAACAAACGUUAUGCUCAAUUUCCCUCCACGAAUUGCUGGUCAUUUGAAUGUCUUUGUAGUUUUUUGAUUCUAUGUUGUAAAGUUGGUCAUAUUUGCAGACUUCUUCUGCCAAACGUUCCUCUGUUUGAUCCAUGAUCAAAAUGUAAUGCGCACUGCAAAAACUUUUAAUCGGACUUUAAUUAUGACAGGACAGGAAGGAGUGAAACCAGAAAAGUGACCAAUUACAGCCCUGUGGUCGCUGUCAUUUUUGACGUGUAGGUUCAAUUUGUGGGAGGUGCACGUAAGACUACAGGGGCUCAGAGAGGGUUCACAGUGAUGCAGAGAGCUUUUCGUCACCACGGAGCUGCGGAGACGGAGAAGCAUAAAUCAAGCUUACCUAGCAAUACACGAGCGUCAUUGUGGUGCAAGUUUUACUGAAAGAAAUCAAACUUUGGUUAUGCUUUCGUACAUUGAUGCUUUAUGAGCAGAUCCAUUUCCUCAAAAAAAAAAACAUUUCACUUCUAAGUCCUUCAUCUAAAUAACAGAGCUUCAGCUUCAAGUGCA